AUGAAGAGAAUUGCUAGUCGAGCCUGGAACUGGUUGAAUCGUCCAUCUUGGAAUUAUCAUCCGCUUUCUACUAAAGUCUCACCUCCCUUUAUAUCGAUUUGUGGUCUAAAACUAGCAAAAACUCCAAAACGGUUAACAAUAUUACUUGUGUCGCUUAUCUUGAUAAUUAUUUUGGCUUAUUUUCUACCCCGUUCUUCAGAAACAGAAUACGCAAGAAUAUUUGAUGGUAAUGGCACGUGUGAACUUCCACCGUGGAAAAAUAUAACGCAAGACCACACUGUGAUUGACAUUACCCCUGGUAGGACUUUUGUUUCGAUACAACAUGAUCCAUUAACUGGGGAUCAACUGAUAAAUGUCAAUUGUAAAACUCCUUUUGAAUACCAUUUUCCAAGUAUGCAUUCUAUUUUUAAUUCAAAAUUUAAAUCGUGGGAUCAAAGCACCGAAGGACAAUUGAAAUUUGAGGAGGAGUAUGUAAUGAUUAAAUGUGAAAACGAAUCGAAUUUUUUGACGCGUGAACCUAUGAUUAAAGAACAACAAAAUUCGAAUUCACCCUUACCGGAUCAUAGCAUCUUGAAUAGUCAAAGCCCAUUAGUGGAUGAUGUCGUGUUUCUUUUACUUGAUGCAGUGUCCAGAGAACAUUUCAAUGAAGAAUUUCCAAAGACCGUCGAUCUUCUAAAAAAUAUGCAACAACAUACUAAUAACAAACAUGAAACAUUCUCAUUUAAUCGUUAUAAUGUAUUGGGAACUAAUUCACCCCCGAACAAAGCUUUUCUAUAUUCAGGACAAUCAAAAGAUUACUUGAGUUCGAAAAGAGGAGAUGCCGAAGCAACUUGGCUAUGGGAAUUAUAUGAAGAUCAAGGAUUUGUUACUAUGCAUUCUGACGGUGAAUGUGGUGGAUGGUGGGAAUGGCCAUACACCGGAUAUGCGGACGGAUCAAUAACUUAUCAUUACCAAAAAGUUAGAGACGAUGACUUGCCGGCGCAACAUCAAUUCCCUCACGUGUCAAUGUGUGACACUUAUAGACUAUUCAAAGACGAAGAAUUCGAGAGAACAUGUAAAUUACAACAUGGCAUGGACUCCCAAUAUGAUUCACUUUCAAUUGACGGAAUGAUUGUACCAUCUCGAUUUUGCAUGGGUCAAAAAGCUAUUUAUGAGGCUCAAUUUGAUUAUCUAAGACAAUUUUUGGAUGUUUAUAGAGGAUUAGAUGAGAAUGGGGAACACUAUAAAAGAUUUGCAACAGUGACAUUGAUGGAUACUCAUUCACCUGAAAUGAAAAUUAAAAGUCUUGACGAUUCUAUGGUCAAUUUAUUUACAGAAUUAUUGAUAGGUGAUGAUAAAUCAGGAGAGAAACCAUUACUUCAUCCAAACAGUGUUGUUGUUAUAUUAUCUGAUCAUGGAAUUCAUUAUGGUUCCGAGGCUGCUUCAUAUGAAGGACAUUUUCAUCAUAAACAACCACCAUUACAUAUGAUCCUUCCGAAAAACCUUGCCGACCAACAUCGUCCCGGAUUCCUCAUUAACAAAGAUAAGCUUACCACUCACAUGGAUCUUCACAUGACCCUACUUUAUUUAGCAUUCGGUCAAUCUGAAAAUAUGAGUACCCUCUCAACUGCUGCUGCAUUAAAAGAUCCUUCCAACUUUUUCCAGGGUGGCGAAAACGAAAAAACUAGCGCGCAGAAAUACGGCGAAGUACUUUUAUUACCAAUAAACGUGACAAGAACAUGUCAAAGUGUCGCUAUUCCCCCCGAAUUUUGUCCUUGUGUGAAAUUCACUCCCUUGAAUAAUAAUUUAACGGAUGAUGCGAUCAUCAUACGAAAAUUCCUUGAACUUGCGGUAGAUUCCAUGAAUACGCAUAUAGAUACAUUAGGAGUUGGCAAAGUUUGUCAGAAAUUCGAUUUUCAUCCAACAACAGCAAAUCUAUCAGCAACAGGAGAAUUCGAAUAUGGAGAUGUGGCUUUCUAUUCGGGUUAUUAUUUACCUGCGAGCAAAAAAGAAUCACAAGUCUAUUCGGUGGUGGCAAAUAUAAAAACUUUUUUGGCAAAAGUCAAGUUUACUGCAACUUAUGGUGACAUAAUGAAUGGACGUAAAAAUAAAGUUGAUGUGGUACAAAUUACUAGCUACAAGGAUGAAUGGGAGGGAAUAUGCAGAGGACGAAUUCGUGAUAAUGUUGAGGAUGGCGAUAAUAAAGUUGCUAAUGGAGAAUUUUUAUUGAAAAAUUUUUGUUUCUGUUCAAAAAAUUUCUGA